UGGCGAUUCCUGCUGCGCUGGCUUGUGUGUCUUUUUUUGAAUCCAUCCUAUUCCCCCGCACUGGAAGUCCUCCCGUAUCUAAAUGGAAUUAGUGGAGAUCGAAGCCCCUUGUGUAAGGAACAGACAUGGUCCAUGGGCGCAGUUUGUUUCACAUUGUAACAAGUCUAAUUAUUCUGCAUGUGUCUUGGGCAACAAAAAAAGUAGGAGACAAACAGACACCUUCAGAAGGACAGAAAUCUUUACAGUGUGGAACGUGGACAAAAUACGCAGAUGGAGGAUUUUUUACUUCUCCCAACUACCCCAACAAAUACCCUCCUGACAAGGAGUGUAUCUACAUAAUAGAAGCAUCCCCCAGACAAUGCAUUGAGCUACAUUUUGAUGACAAGUAUGCCAUAGAGUCUUCGUGGGAGUGCAAAUUUGAUCAUAUUGAAGUAAGAGAUGGACCAUUUGGCUUUUCUCCAAUUAUUGGGCGUUAUUGUGGACAACAAAGCCCUCCUUUUAUAAAAUCAAGUGGAAGAUUCUUGUGGAUUAAAUUUUUUGCUGAUGGUGAACUAGAAUCUCUUGGGUUUUCUGCACAAUACAAUUUUACGCCAGAUCCAGAUUUUAAAGAUCUUGGAGUACUUAAACCUUUACCUGUUUGUGAAUUUGAAAUGGGAGGACCUGAAGGAAUAAUAGAAUCAAUGCAGAUCCUCAAGGAAGGAAAGGCUUCUGCAAAUGAGGCAGUUGAUUGUAAAUGGUAUAUUCGGGCUCCACCAAAGUCUAAGAUAUACUUAAGAUUUUUGGACUAUGAAAUGCAAAAUUCAAAUGAAUGUAAAAGGAACUUUGUAGCUGUUUAUGAUGGGAGCAGUUCAGUUGAAGAUUUGAAAGCUAAAUUCUGCAGCACAGUUGCUAAUGAUGUGAUGCUGCGUACAGGACUUGGAGUAAUCCGCUUGUGGGCAGACGAAGGCAGCCGUACCAGUCAUUUCCAGAUGCUCUUCACAUCUUUUCAAGAACCCCCAUGUGAAGCAAAUUCAUUUUUUUGUCAUAGUAAUAUGUGCAUUAAUAAUACAUUGGUCUGCAAUGGAAUUCAGAACUGUGUGUACCCUUGGGAUGAAAACCACUGCAAAGAAAAACGAAAAUCAAGCCUUUUGGAUCAGCUUACCAAUACUAGCGGGACAGUUAUUGGAGUCUCCUCUUGCAUUGUCAUCAUCCUCAUUAUAAUAUCUGUCAUUGUACAGAUCAAGCAACCUCGUAAGAAGUACAUCGAAAGGAAAGCAGAGUUUGACCAAACAGUAUUCCAGGAGGUGUUUGAACCUCCUCAUUAUGAGUUAUGCACUCUUCGAGGUACAGGAGCUGCAGCAGACAUUGCUGAUGUCACAGAAGAUUUUGAGAACUACCAUAAAUUACGGAGAUCAUCUUCAAAAUGCGUUCAUGACCAUCACUGUGGAUCAUUGUCUAGCGCUAAGGGCAGCCGUAGUAACCUUAGCACAAGGGAGCCUACCAUACUAACAGACACUCCAAACCCACCCGCUAAUCCCAGUUUACAACCUAUGAACAGGAGAAACAUCCUUGUAAUGAAGCAUAGCUAUUCACAGGAUGUAGCAGAUCCAUGUGACAUCGAUGACAUUGAGGAAGUUCCCACCACAAGCCACAGGCUGUCAAGACAUGACAAAUCUGUCCAGCGGUUCUGCCUCAUUGGAUCUCUAAACAAACAUGAAACUGAAUACAACACAACUAGGGUAUGAGAAGCAAACUGAAGGGGGAAGUGUUUUAAUUAUUUGUUUUGCUUUCAGAGAAGAAUUUUUAGCUACUCUAGGAGACAAAUGAGUAUGCUCUUUAGAAAAUUAUCACAUUCAUCUUCAGAGAGUGGACUCUGGUUCUAAACUCAUUCCACUGCCUUGUUACAAAUUAGGACUUUCAGAAACUCCUUUCCUCAAUAUGAAGAUUCUGCUACUCGAUGACAUUUGUUGUAAUUUGGUUGCUGGCCACCAAGUGCUCCUUAGUUUUUAAAUACAUUUUGAAAUUUACUGGAUACUUGAAGAAGAAUCUAGUUACUGAUUGCAGAUACCCCAGCAUUAUUUGGUAUCUUUCUUUAAUUGAUAUUUGAUUUUAUGUUUUAUUAAACAAAACUGAUGUGAAGCAAAAUAUGAUUAAUUUCUCUUAAUAAACUUUAUUAAUUUGUAUCUCAUUUUCAUCUUACUAAUUAAUUGAAAUAAA